ACAUGAGUAGCCGGGUUACUGAUUACAGGUGAUGUUGUAGUUUGUUUGUGAUAAGGCUCUUGCUUUAAGCACAAAGUCCUACCAGGUACAACAAGCCUUCAGCCACUUCACCACAUCCCUCCCAUCCCUCACUGGACAACUGCUGCCUCUCAGGUCCCUUGCUGUUGGUGUUGAGCACACAGUAGCAUCAUGAGUGUAGAGUCCAAAAAACCACGUGAGGCUUGUUGCUCCAAGCUCAAGCUCUUCCUGGCCUCGCUGGCAUUUGUGUAUUUUGCCAAAGCCUUCGGUGGAGCCUACAUGAAGAGCUCCAUCACCCAGAUUGAGAGGCGCUUUGACAUCCCGAGCUCCCUCAUUGGGGUUAUAGAUGGCAGCUUUGAAAUGGGCAACCUGCUGGUGAUAGCCUUUGUUAGCUACUUUGGUGCUAAGCUCCAUCGUCCCAGGCUGAUUGGUAUUGGCUGCGUGAUCAUGGCUGCUGGAUCUUUCCUCAUAGCCCUGCCUCACUUACUCCAGGGACCGUAUAAAUAUGAGACCAGUGUGUCUCACAACAAAGAUGUCAACAGCACAGAGAGCAUCCUGCCCUGUCUGUCCAACCACAGCAUGACUGAAGCAGAUGACACACCUGAUUUAGAGACCAAAACAGCUUGUGAGAAGGCAGCUGGCUCAUCCAUGUGGAUAUAUGUAUUCCUGGGAAACAUGCUGCGAGGGAUUGGAGAGACUCCUGUCAUGCCUCUGGGUGUGUCCUACCUGGAUGAUUUCUCCAGAGAGGAGAACACUCCUUUCUAUCUGGCCUGUAUCCAUACAGUGGGAAUUUUAGGACCUAUGUUUGGGUUCAUGCUCGGGUCCUACCUCGCCAAGAUCUAUGUAGACAUUGGAUCAGUGGAUUUAGACAGCAUCACCAUUAACUAUAAGGACUCCCGCUGGGUUGGGGCCUGGUGGCUGGGCUUCAUUGUCACUGGCACCUUGAUCCUGCUGUCCAGUAUCCCGUUCUGGUUCCUGCCCAAGACUCUGCCCAAGCAGGGCCAAGAGCAGAGCGAGAGUAAGAGUAAGAGCACAGAGCUCGCCACAGUAGCGGAGCAGGAGAAUUUCCUCCCAGAGGAAAACCAGGAACAAGAGGAGAAAGAGAAGCCGGUAACGUUCCAGGAAUUGGCUAAAGAUUUUAUUCCGUCUCUGAAACGACUCUUCAGGAACAGCAUCUUCUCACUGAUGAUCCUCACUUAUCUGGUGGCUGUCAACGGCUUCAUUGGCAUGAUCACUUUCAAGCCAAAGUACUUGGAGCAGAUCUAUGGCCAAUCAGCCUCCAAGGCCAUUUUCCUCAUAGGUAUACUGAACCUGCCAGCAGUGGCUUUGGGAAUCAUCACCGGAGGUUUUGUGUUGAAACGUUUCAAGCUGGGUGUCAUCGGAGCAGCUAGGGUGUCAAUUUCUGCCUCUGUCGGGUCCUUCUGUCUGCUCGCCAUUCAGGUCUUCAUCCGCUGUGAAAAUGCAGAGGUGGCUGGCCUCACCGUCUCAUAUCAGGGGGCUCCUCAGGUGUCCUACAACCCACAGACGUUGCUGUCACAGUGCAAUAUGGGCUGCUCCUGCUCAAUGAAGCACUGGGACCCGGUGUGUGCCUACAACGGCAUGACAUACACCUCGCCCUGCCUUGCUGGCUGCCAGACCUCCACUGGUACUGGCAAGGAAAUGGUGUUUCAUAACUGUACCUGCAUUGGGGAGAUGAUGACUCCAGGCAUGAACACGUCUGCAGUACUGGGCCAGUGUCCCAGGAAGAGCGACUGCGAUCGCAUAUUUAAAAUCUACAUGGCUCUGUCCGUCGUGGGGUCUUUUAUUUCUGCCUGCGGGGGCACGCCAGGAUACAUUGUACUGCUCAGGUCCAUACAGCAAGACCUGAAGUCACUGGCUUUGGGUAUGCAGACACUGAUAGUAAGAACUCUGGGUGGGAUACCUCCUCCUAUUUAUUUUGGAGCACUCAUCGACCGAACAUGUUUGAAGUGGGGUACCAAGCAGUGUGGAGGUCGAGGAGCAUGUAGACUCUACGAUGCUGAUGCCUUUAGAAUGACAUUCAUGGGGUUGAUUACUGGACUCUACUUCCUGGCCAACAUGCUGUGGGGAGGUCUCUAUAUCAAAAUUGUCAAGAGACAGAAGAAGUUAGCACUGAGGAAUCAGGCCAAAGAAAAUGGACAGGAGGGUAAUGGGGCGGUCAACGGGCACGCCAACAUCAGCAUCGCCAAGAACAAAGAAGACGAGGAGAGGACAGGAGAGGAGAGCACGAUUUGAGAUGUUUAAGGAGAGAAACAUCUUUGUGUAAUGCAGGUGAACAACACAUACAGUAUUUUUAGUUGCCAAACUACUGUGCUGCACCCAAAUGUGGUAAUGGUACAGUGUCAAUGCUCUUUGGCCUUCAAGCAGUAUACCUCUUUUUUUUACACAGAUAUUGUGCAAAAAAUAUUUUUGUUCACUUCACAGGUCAAAGAUCCUGAGCAGGGCUUCAUUUUAAUACAUUCACAUGUCAGUGCUAUACGAACAUUCUUGCUAUCACUACAUAACCAAUCUUAACAUUAACAGCUGUUUACGUGAACUUCAGCCAUUGCUGCUUUUACACACAAGGCUGGAAUACACCUCUGGGCAGCGCUGCUUCUUCGUCCUCUUAUAUUGGACUGGGGGCAGACUGGACGCUGCAGUGAACCACACCUACUAUUGACAAACAGUAUUACAAGAGGGGAUGGACUGGAUCGUGCUGGUUAGCAUGCUAACUUCAGUAGAAGAGGAGACAGAAAUAGAAGCAAAGCAAGAGUUAACAUUGGUGUUGCUUUCCAAAGCUGCAGACAGCUCUUAGUAAGUAAAGGAAUGAAAUUCUCAAUGCUUAUAAACCCCUGUUGAUGCUAAUUUAAGUUAUGUAGCGAUAGCAAAAAUUUGCAUACAGCACUUUUAAAUGAUAUGCAAUCCACAUCUGAACAAAAAUGCUGUAAUAGGGGACAGCAUGUAAACUUAGAGGCCUUUUUCUCUUUAUUUCUCGUGUACCAAACCAUAAUGGGAACAUACUAUGUGCUGCUGAGUGUGUCAGUGUGGGCAAAGCACCUCAUCAGCCAAGAUUCACUGAAGAUGAAACAUUUCAGAGUCAAUGUCGGAGGAAGAGAGAAGAAAAUAUGUCAGAUAUUUGGGAAAUUUUGGCUCGUGUCCACCAUUUAUACUUGAAUAGCAUUAGGUCAGGAUAUGAUAGCAAUGUCUCACCCUACAGCCUUACACUCAAGGUGAUUAAUGUGCAGUGAUAGUUUGGCAAACAUGUAUACAGUAUACAAAAUAUGUACAGUAUUUCAUUUUAAAUACUACUACAAGACAACUUGAGUGUUGUUAUCAGUUAAUGACAGUGUUUUCUUUCAUGUUUUUCAGUUAUGGGUGAGAAUUUGUGAGAUAAUACAGCCGUCCUCACUGUCCUCAGUGAACUGUGUUAUUAUGAAGACACUGAGGAUGGUUAAGGUUUGGAUUUAGAGCAUGUAAUGGUUUAGUAAAAAAGUAAUGUAGAGUUUAGACAUGAUGAGUAUAUAAACCAUCGUAAAUAUAUGACAAAAUUGGGAUUAUGAAGGGAUAAUCAUAAUGUAAAUGUUUUUGCUAUAAUUAGGACUGUCAGAGAUUUGAUUUUUCAUUUAGGUGACUAUUUCUGUUGCAAGACCCCCUUUACUUAAAUAUACGUUGCUGUAAAUGGUACCUGUGCCAGCAGAGCUGAAGAAGUGUGCUUGCUUUGCUUUGCUUUUGCCAGGCAGAUGUGCAGAUUCACAAUGAAGCCUGUGAUUGUUACAGGUUGAUUGAGUGAGUGAAAGCAACACAAAGUGAGCAAGUAAUACUUGACAGUGUCUGUCUAUGAGCACUAUGUUCAUACAGAUGCAAAGCUGUUGAAGCUUUGUAUUGGCAUUUUCUUUAUUUGCAUUUGUUUCAGUAGUAUGCAUCCUCAGACUAUCCUGCUUGCUCUGAUUGAGAAAAAGAUUGAGGAACCUCGAAAAAAAUGUUCUGCCAGUCUUGCCAAGAAUUAGAGUGAUAGAGUGAGUCAUUUUCAUAUCUGAAAUAUGAAACUACAGCCAAAUGUUUGUUAGCUUUGUUUAGCACAGAGAUUUGCAACAGCUAUGCCCACUGGUUUGUCAAAGCCAAAGAGUAAAAACUACAAGAUGUGAGGCAUGCACGCAUCCAUACAUUUUUGUAUGACUUGUAUGUAUGUUUCUUGUGGGUUUUUUUUAGCCAGAAAGCAAAUAAGCAUAUUUCUGAAAAUGUAGAACUAUUCUUUAAAGACAGUUUUCAAAAAUGUUGGACACUGACAACAUCAUAGCCUUUAUUGUACUUAGUCACUGUGGUUGUGGCGCAACCUCACAGACCAUAUCAUCUUGUAAAAUAAACGCAAUGAAAUUGAUCUCAGUGUCUUUUAAAAAUGUGAAUAUCAUCUGUCCUUGGAACCAUGUUGGGCUACUACUAUACAUACAUACUUGCAUUUUAUGUGAGACACAGUAAGGCUUUUUUUUCAUGCUACAAAAAGUUUUUGUAGCAUGUAGGAUGGCAACUUUAUUCUGACUGUUAGCAAUAUGACCCAGCAACAUUUUACAUACUUAGAUAGCUCACCUUUUUGACACUGCACACACUUCUUGUUGCAUCACAUCAUUUUACACAAAUCCCAAAGAAGGUCAUGAACGUUCACAUAAUCCUGACUCACCACUGUUUGUCUGGAAAAGUUCACUAUUGUCUGAACAGUGGACGAAGAGCGAGUGGAGUGUGACUUACACUUGACUGUUUUUAUUGUUAUACACUAGUUGUUGAUUAAAUGUAUAAGCAAUUAAUAUAUAUAAUUAUUAUUAAUAAGAAUUUAUAUAUUGAGUCAGAUAUGUUUAUAUUGUGUCUGUGUAUUUUGUUUUAUCAUCAUUUCUGCCUUUUUGCGUCUUCUUCUUUUUUUAUUUUUUUUACAAUUUUGUUGAUUGUCCUUGAAGCAUAUCUGUAAGCAUUAAAAACCAAAUUUCACAAUA